AAACAACAGUGAACUGUAUUUCUCCAAUCUGCACUUAGAAAUAUAGGAAUGGAAAUUCGUAGUGUAGGAUACGGUUGAGGUCUAAUUAAUGCAGUGAAACCGCAUCGCAGCUGCGUGACUGGCAGUGAUGCAGCUAUCGCUGGAGCGCGGAAGACUCUUGUUUACCCCCAAAAGGCUGCGCGUGAGAGAGCAGAUCUGCCAGGCGCUGAGCUCCUUUGCUGCCUUUUCUCUCCCCUCACAAGGCAAGAGCAAGAGCGACUGGAGAUGUGGCCGCCCAGCUGGUUCUGCGUGCAGCCCUCCGCACCUGCCCUUCACGCAGGCCUUGGUCUCUGAUCCCAGGAUGCAGUGGUGUUUGGAUUUCACAGCAGACAAGUAUGGACUGUAGCGGGCUCCCGGUGACUUGAGGUCAGGUCGGGAGAGCUGCCUGAUAGCUCUUUGUCUUCCACAAUCCUUUGCCUACAAAAAGGAGCCUGCGCGCCUUGUUAACCAUGCCGCUAGGCAAGGGGCAAGAGCUCCCUCACCCUGGUUUGUGGCUCUGGGUGUGUAUUUCCAUGCCUCUCUUUCAAGGCGGCGCCGGGUGCGCUUCCGAAGAGCUGCUGUUCCACAGGCUGUUUUUCAGUUACAAUCGGUUCAUCCGGCCAGCGGAGAACGUGUCCGACCCUGUCACUGUGCACUUCGAAGUGGCGAUCACGCAAUUGGCCAAUGUGGAUGAAGUAAACCAGAUCAUGGAAACCAAUCUAUGGCUGCGUCAUAUCUGGAAUGAUUAUAAAUUACGCUGGGAUCCAAAGGAAUAUGACGGCAUUGAAACUCUUCAUGUCCCAGCAGAGAAGAUUUGGAAGCCUGACAUUGUUCUUUAUAACAAUGCUGUGGGUGACUUCCAAGUUGCAGGCAAGACAAAAGCUCUUCUUAAAUACAAUGGCACUAUCACCUGGACUCCCCCAGCUAUUUUUAAGAGUUCAUGUCCUAUGGAUAUCACCUUUUUCCCUUUUGAUCAUCAAAAUUGUUCCCUGAAAUUUGGUUCCUGGACAUAUGACAAGGCUGAAAUUGACCUCCUAAUUAUUGGCUCUAAAGUGGAUAUGAAUGACUAUUGGGAAAACAGUGAAUGGGAAAUUGUUGAUGCUUCUGGCUACAAGCAUGACAUCAAAUACAACUGUUGUGAAGAGAUAUACACAGAUAUAACCUAUUCUUUUUACAUUAGGAGGUUGCCCAUGUUUUACACCAUUAAUUUGAUCAUCCCCUGCCUCUUUAUUUCAUUUCUAACCGUGUUGGUCUUUUACCUUCCUUCGGACUGUGGCGAAAAAGUGACACUUUGCAUUUCAGUUUUACUUUCUCUGACUGUGUUUUUGUUGGUAAUUACAGAAACUAUCCCAUCCACAUCUCUCGUCAUCCCACUGGUAGGUGAGUACCUGCUGUUCACCAUGAUUUUUGUCACUCUGUCCAUUGUGGUGACCGUAUUUGUGUUGAACAUACACUACCGCACCCCAGCCACACACACCAUGCCCAGGUGGGUGAAGACAAUUUUCCUCCAGCUGUUCCCUCAGCUCCUGAUGAUGAGGAGGCCUCUGGACAGGAAGAAGAUGACAGGCUGUGAUAAAAACCCCAGGGGCCUCUCCACUCGGCCUGCCAAGGCCAAGUUCACAAAUCACAGAGAACCCACAUUUCUUAAGGAACACUGUCACUGUCAGAAGUCAGGUGAAUUUGUGGCCAGCAAGAGAAUGUCAAGUCAUCAGCCUCCACAGUGGGCGAACCAAUACCCAGAACAUUUUCCGGAGGUAGAAGAUGUGAUUAAUAGUGUUCAAUUCAUAGCAGAAAACAUGAAAAGCCACAAUGAAAGGAAAGAGGUAGAAGACGACUGGAAAUAUGUGGCCAUGGUGGUUGAUAGAAUAUUUCUUUGGGCAUUUAUCAUUGUCUGUGUGUUUGGAACUGCAGGGCUAUUUCUACAGCCACUGCUUGGGAAUACAAGAAAAUCUUAGUAUGUUCAGAAACUUACAGACACUGUAUUUGUUCUGUAUUCCUUACCACAAGGAAAGGCCAAGGCCUACAUCUACUGAGCUCAAGACUAGAUGGAAAAAGAGGCUUGCAGUACACUUUUAGGAGUUUGAGAACCCUUCUUGGAAGCCUAGGGGAAGACAUUAGAUGUUUCACAUCACUGGACCAAGAGUCAGCUUCUCUUGUGUGUCCAUAAUUGGCUUCCAGGAACAUGAAUGACCCAUAAUAUGGCCAAACCAUGUAAUUAACAUCAAGCCAUUCUAACAAGAGAUGCUGUUGUAUCCCCUGUUGAACAGCAUAACAACAUAGGAGAUGUGAGACUCUAGAACUUGGACCUUCUGACAUACAACACUUGUGAGCUUUCUUGUGCAUGUAUUUGGAUCUAGCUCACAUUUUUCAGGCUUGAUUAAAAGAAAUGCCAGAUAGUCUGAGUCUGUCUCAGCAUUUGUAUUAGUCAGCUUUCGGUUAUUGUGGCAAAAUACCAGGGAAAAUCAACCUAAAAGGAGGCCCAGUUUCUGUGGCUUACAGCUUCAGAUGAUUCAGUCCAUGACAGUUUAACCACAUUCUUCUGGGCCUGUGGUGGCACAGCACAGUACAGUACAGUACAGUGCGGCAAGUAUAUAUAGUAUAAUAGAGGAUUUCUCUGUACUUCAUGGUGGUCAGGAAGAAAGGAGGAAGAGAGGAUGGGAUGAGUUCUCAGUAUCCUUGGGAUUCACCCCUUGACGGUUUACCUUCCUUCUUGGAAUCCCACCUUCUUAAAAUUCUGCCCCCUACCGGUAGCACACAGGCUGAGGGCCAAACCCUCAACAUGGGCCUCUGGGGGGCAUUCCAGAUGCAAACUACACAGUUCAUCUGGCAGGAAAGUUGAGUAGAAGCCCAGCAUGGUGCUAGGCAUUGCCAGGGUAAUAGAAAUAGGUUUUUUUUUUCCCAAGAGCUUGAAAUUUUCUAGGAAAAGUCAUAUAUUGGAGAAAAGAACUGCAUGGAUUCAAGAGCUGUCACUGGAACAGUCAAAAUUGAAAACCUUUGUGUGGUUGACUAGACAAACCCAGAGUAAUCCAUGCUGUGUGUCAAUAAAGGUGUCUCUGUCGUCUUCUCAUCAACGCCUUGCAUUUGUUCACUGCACUGAUAUUGAAAAUAAAGUUAUUUCUUCUCUAAGAAAUUAUAA